AUCAGGAUGUGGGAAUGCCAGGGGGUCCGGCUUGAGAGGGAAACCCAGCGCAGGCUGCAGCAGUAUGGCAGUCUCAGAGGGAAGGAGGCGCGGCCUGGGGAAUUCUGGGAUGUGGUGGUCAUCACGGCCGCUGACCGGCAGCAAGAGUCGGCCUACCAACAGCAGAUUGGGGAUAAACUGGCGAGGAAAGAGCUUCCCCUCGGCGUUCGCUAUCACGUCUUCUCCGAUCCGGCGGGACCAAAAAUAGGUAACGGGGGAUCUACCCUUCAUGCAGUUCAGCGCCUACGGCAGAUCUACGCGGCAGAGCUGGAGAGAUUUACAGUUAUGCUCAUUCACGCCGGUGGGUACAGUCAGCGCUUGCCCAGUGCCAGUGCCCUGGGGAAGAUUUUCACCGCUUUGCCCCUCGGGGAGCCGACCUACCAAAUGCUCGACCUGAAACUGGCCAUGUACAUCGACUUCCCCAGGAACAUGAAGCCGGGGGUCUUGGUCACUUGCGCCGAUGACCUUGAACUUUACGCCAGCGGGGAUCUAGCGGUGACGUUCGAUAGGCCGGGCAUCACGGCCCUGGCGCACCCAUCGACGUUGACUAUUGGUACAACCCACGGGGUGUUUGUGUUGGAGGCUACUACUUCUGGGUAUGAGGAGCUCGAGUACAGACAAUGCAAGUCGUAUCUCCAUAAACCUUCCGUGGAGAAGAUGCGCCAAUCAGGGGCCGUAAAUAUCCUCCAAUCAGGAGACAGCAUGCCGGAUCCCGAGAUCGUCUACACGGAUAGCUUAUUCUACAUGGAUCACAAUACCGUCGGAUUGUUACUGGGGUUCUUCCAUGACUCGGGGGGGCUCUCCUGUGAAAUCGACGCCUACGGGGACUUCCUCCAAGCUCUGGGGCCCGACGCCACCGCCGACUACACGGAGAACGUGGAGAACGUUUCCAAAGUGGAAUCUGAACUGACGGAGGUCAGAAAGAGAAUCUAUUAUCUGCUCCGCGGCACCGGUUUCACCGUGAUCCUGCUGAAUAAUUCCAAGUUCUACCACAUCGGAACCACGCGGGAAUAUUUGCACCAUUUGACGUCCGACCCCAAACUCAAGGCGGAACUCGGGUUGAGGUCGAAGGUUUUUAGCAUUGUUCCGGGUCAAGAUGAAGCGGCCAAUGAGACGGUGUGUGUCAUUCAGAGUGUUCUGGAUGCGACAGCCACGGUUUCGCCGCACUCGGUGGUGGAAUAUUCUAGACUGGGUCCCAACGUCUCCAUAGGGGAGCACUGUAUUAUUAGUGGGGUCUCCAUACACGUUGGGUCUCAUAUCCCCCCCAAAUCCUUUGUGAGCUCCUUCAGCCUGAGGCUUGGAGGGCAACUCAUGUAUUCAACAGUCACAUUGGGCAUAGACGACAAUCUAAAGGCCAACGUCGGCUCCUUGUCCAAUGUCGGUUCCCUUCGGUUCUGUGGGAGGAGCCUAUCGGAAUGCCUGGGUAUCUGGGGAAUUGAUGCGUCGGAAGAACUGUUUUCCGGGGAUUCAGCGGCUCGGAGUCUGUGGACCGCCCGGUUAUUCCCAGUGUGUUCGGCUUUAGCCGAUUCUGUUAAAUUAUCUAUAGAAAUGCUGAGUGCGGCGACGCGCGGCGAGUCUGCGGGGAAUCCGGGCAGCGCCAAACGGGUCUCCAUGGAGGAAAUUCUGUUGCACAAAGAUGUAGAAGACAUGUUGGGGUUCCGGCAACUUCUCUACACGGACAUUGUCUCUCAGAACCAAGGGGGGGAUGUUACUCAUUGA